AUGCAUGUGGGGGCGCGGCCACCGGCGAUUACGCAGCAGCAUCACGCGACUGCACACGCUGCUGCGGCCGCUGCCGCCAGGGCGGCCACGCCAAACCGCAGCGCUCGCCCGGUGCAGCGGGCUGUGCGACCGCAGCGGAGGGCGCGUAGUAGUAGACAGCAUGCACUGGCGGUCUCUGCAAGGCAGCAGCAGCAACAGCAGCAACAACUAUGGGACUACCCUGGCAGCCGCGUCACGCCUGCGAGCCUGCUGACCGUGCAGACGCUCCAGCGCCGCUCCUUUGGCCACCGCAACCUGCGGACGUACGUGGUGGUGGUGGCCGACCCUCGCAGCGCCGCGUGCCGCGCCGUGGAGUCGCCCCUGGAGUCCCUGGCCUCGGGCCUGGCCCACGAGCGCGGCGCCGCGGUGCUCUCCCUGGAUGCGUCGCUGCCCGCCAAUGCUGCGUUUGCGUCGCGCAUCCUGGGGGUCGGGGCGCUGCCUGCGGUGCUGGUGUACCCUGAGGCCGCCCCGGGGUUCCUCGCGUACCGAGGCGCUGACAUGACGGCGGAGGGCCUCCUGCGCGCCAUCAACUCGGCGCGCCUGCGCGCGCUGCCGGGCUCGCGGCCCUACGAGCUGCGCCACAGCGUGGCCCCUUUGGAGCGCGCACUCGAGGGCUUGGAGCAGCAGCAGCAGCAGCAGCAGGGGCAGCAGCAGGGGCAGCAGCAACAGCAGCAGGAGCCAGCGUUCCUCACCCCGACGCCGCUCGUCGUGCCGCGCGCCAGCGGCUACUGGGGCCCGGGCAAGGCCGCGCUGUGGGGCCUGCUGCUGGGCGCGGCUACGCUGGCGUGGGCGUGGGACGCGUUCCUGGAGGACAGGGUGGAGGCCUGGCGGCUGGCGCGGCGGCUGCGGCAGCGGCGCGAGGGGCGGCGGCGGUUCACGCUGCAGGAGAACCUGGAUGACAUUCUGGAGCUGCUGCUGGCCGCGGGGGCGCGCGACCUCGAGCGCGAGGUGACGCGCAGCAGCGCGGACGAGCAGCAGCUGGGGUGGCGGCGGCUGGACGAUCUGGGACGAGCGGGGCCAGUGGUGGGCGGAGGGGUCGGAGGCGCCCCGAGCGGGGCGGUGGCAGGGGAGCAGGGCGGCGGCACCUUUGUGUCGGCGGGCCCUGGGCGGCCGGGACCAGGAGCGGCGGCGGUGCCGGACGGGCCAGUGGUGGAGGUGGCGGCAGGGACGGCGGGGGUGUGGCAGGCGCCCAUAGACGACGCGGACACAGCCGAGGCUAGCAGCGGCCCACAGCCUUCCCCUACGUAA